AUGCCUUCUCAGGCCUCCCCUCCUAAGAAGCAACGUCUCACUCUAACGCAACUGGCCUCAUAUGAUGACAUCCUGACCGAUGCUCUCGUUGAUCAUGUGUACUACUGGACGAACAUUCGAAAGAACCGCAGCGCAUAUCAUUCUUGCCGCGGCAUUCGAGAAGAAGACGUCACCUCAAUCCUUCAAAAAUCCGUGAUCAUCGAGAAGAAUCCAGCGCAGGCCGAGGCGCAAUUGCUGGCCCUGCAAGGUCUCAAGAAGUUCUCGGAGAACUUGAAGUCAGAAAAGGAGAAGAACGAUUUUCGGCAGCAUCUGAGGCGUUAUAUCAAUAUCUAUCUACCGGAUUGCGCUUUUGAGGUGUCGACGACCAACAGAUACACGGUUGUCACACAUGAGGCGGCGGUCACGGCUCGACGGCUCAUAAAGAAGGGGGAAGUUAUCAAGUACCUGUGUGGAAUACAAGUCUUGAUGACCCCGGAGGAGGAAGAAUUCAUUCAACACAGCCGCCGCGACUUCAGUAUUGUGAUAUCGAGUCGCAACAAGCAGGCUUCUCUAUUCCUUGGCCCAGCUCGUUUUGCGAACCAUGAUUGUGGAGCCAAUGCUGAACUUAUAACGCGACCGAACCAUGGAAUGGCCGUCAAAGCUCUGAGGGACAUUGAGGUUGGCGAAGAGAUUACGGUCACUUAUGGUGACAACUACUUUGGAGAAGACAACUGUGAAUGUCUCUGCCACACCUGUGAAAUCAAAUGCCAGAAUGGUUGGUCUAAAGCCAACGCUGAUGGGACCAUUCCAAAACUAUCUAUUGAAGAUCAGCCUUCCGACGGCCCAUCCUACUCAUUUCGUCGACGAAGAAUCGCCUCUUCUAGUUCAUCGCGCACUCAAUCAGAGACGCCUGAAAUCAACAUCAGACCAUAUGUCCCUAAGAGGACCCCAAAAUCCCUUUCUGCGAUUAAGAAUGCCCAGUCACCACUUGGGAAGUCUCCUUCCGCUGAGCCUCUUUCUACAGUCAAAAAUACCCAGUCACCGCUCAGGGAAUCACAUUCCGCCGAGCCUCUUUCUACGAUUAAAAAUGCCGAGUCACCGCUUAGGGACCCCCCUUCUGCUGAGCCGCUUUCUACACUUGAAAAUGCUCAAUCACCGCUUGGGAAAUCUCCCUCCGCUGAGCCUAGCCAGACCCCUCUCAAGCGCAAGAGGGAGUCCGAACCAUCAACUCCAGCGGAGUCACAAAGCUCGAAGAAGGCCAAGAUAGACCCGCCUGUGAAGGUGGAAGAAGGGUCUAUGUCAGUGAAGGAACAACUCAUGAAUAUUAAGGACUCCAUGAGCUUCAACGAUCAAGCCCGCCUUAGCCCCUCGCCAGCCGAGUCGUCACUCGAAUCCCGACAAGUCAACUCUUCACGUUCUUCGCCAUCCGAUGGUGCGACGUUGACCGAUGCGACAUCUGUCGAUGAAGAUACCAUCGUUGUGCAGCCCCCCAUCCUUAGCCCUAUCAUCGCCAAGCUGAGAAAAAGCAAGGGAAGGGGGCAGGCGGGUCCAUUAGAACAGGCAAAGGCAGAUCAUCCAGUUCUCGUUAGCAAUUCCGAGAUUGCAAAACAUCCUGGGGCGACGAACCAAGAUGACACGGCUUCAAGCCUCUCGGAGCUAGGUUCUGACAUGGAGUUGGAUGAUUCAACCAUGACCAUCACAGCCAAGAAAGGAAGGAAGAGGAAGAGAAGGCUCCCACGCCCCAGCACCGAUCUCGAUCAUGCGCCCCCCGUCCGCAUCCCCGGCGACUACGUCCUGACGCCGGCCCUCCUUGCGGAACCCGCGUCGGCCUGGAUCAACUGCAAGAUCUGCGAAGAGCCCUUCGUCCAGAAGGACGCCUACUUCACGCGCUCCUCGUGCCCACGAUGCGAGCGCCACAGCAAGCUCUACGGCUACAUGUGGCCCAAGACGGACAAGGAGGGCCGGCACGACACCGAGGAACGCGUGCUGGACCACCGCACGGUGCAUCGCUUCCUGCGCCCGUCGGAAGAGCGAUCGAUCCGCAGACGCGGCCAGAGCUCCGCCGGCAGCCGCGCGGGCACGAGAGAGGUGAGCGAGGUAGUACCCGCGAAGGAGGAAUCAUCGCCUCGACGACGUGGUAGGGCCAAGACGAAAAGAUGUACGCUGUGA